AAUAAAGAGGAAGGUAUAAAAUUCGCUACAUCGUUGUACGAACUUAGCGUCAGGGAUUUUAAUGAAAAGGAAGUGUGAUCGGAAAUAAAUCUCAAAUACUUCAAUUACCGGCUUUGUAAAAAAAAAAAAAAAAUACAAGUUACAUAGGCUACUGUUGGAUAAGUUGGCUGGGAGGAAGGAUUUCAUUUGAGUGAAAAAAAAUUAACCAGAAACAAACAAAAAAACAUUUAAGUGGAUAGAAAGAAGAAAAAAAUUUUGUGUUUCAACAAUAUUUGAUACAAAAAUUUGCAAAAAACAACAAUGGCGGAUAAAUUGGUUAAAUGUGAAGCGGCCUGGGAGAAGUUUUUUGAGAAAGCUGACGUGAACUCGGACGGAAGUGUCAGCAUAGAGGAACUCAAACACAUCCUCACGGUGGAGUACAACCAAAAGUUGUCAGACCGAGAAAUCGCCGAAAUGUUCAGGGACAUCGACAAAAAUGGAGAUGGACAGAUCACGAAGGAGGAAUUCUUAUCAGAAAUGAUGAAGACGGAGAGAAGGACGGCAGUUAAAGAGGCUUUUCAGAAGAUCGAUAAGAACGGAGACGGGAAGCUACAGAAAGCGGAAGUUGCGGCCGCCUUAAGAGAGAUCGGCCAUUAUACAGAGGACGAGAUCGAGAAAAUGAUCAAAAAGGCAGACAAAAAUAAUGACGGUGUUAUCGAUUUGGGCGAAUUCGAAAAAGAAGUUUAUUAAAAGUGUUUCGUUUUUUUAAUUCAUGUUGGAUUUACUUAUUUCCUCUUUAUCAUACUUAUCACGAAUUUGUCGCACGUAUAUAUACAUGUAUAGAAAUAUAUAUCGCUUGACAAUUUCUUCUUAGGACAUACAAUGUGCAAUUGUUCACCUAUGAUAUUUGUAGCAAUACGUUUCAUAACUUUUAAUGGCUAAUUCGGGUUUUAUUUUUUUUUUCAAUAUUUUGUUUCAAUUGGAUCAUGAAGGCGCUAUUGCAUCCCAGCUGUCGUUUGAUUCACUACUUGUUCUACCUGUAGUUAUAUAGGUAUCCAUUCUAUUUACCUAUCAAUAAAAACAAGUUUAAAAUAAA